CCCCGCCCUCUCCUCCCUCGAUUGAGGCCUGGCUCUGCUCUGCUCUGCUGCCUGAGUCCCUUCAGCGGUGGCGGCGGAGGCGCCAUCAUCAUGCCGGCGUCGUCUCAGAGCCGGGCGCGGGCUCGGGAGCGGGAGCGGGGCCACCCUCUGACCCGGGCCGAGUUCCUCUCUCUCAGCCAGCCCUUGCGGGGCGCUGGGGGCGGCGGGCGGAGGACGGGGCAGCGGGGGCAGCGGGGCCCGGCCGAGGACUCUCCUUCUGCCGCCUCCGGGGCGCCCUCUUCUUCUCCGUCUCCGUCCGCGGCCCCUUCUCCUCCUCCGGCGCCCGAGGCGAACUGCAUGCAGCUGAACCCCUCCGUGGGCGGGAUCGCGUACAGCUCUCUGCUGGCGGUGGACCUGUCUCUGUCGAAGCGUCUGGGAGUCUGCGCCAGGAGCGGCUCCUCGUGGGCCUCGGCCCGCUCCAUGGUGGCCCUGCUGGGGCUGACCGGGCACGGCGUCCCCUGGCUGGCCGGAACCCUCCUCUGCCUGGCCAGGAGCAGCACCCUCGCCGGACAGGAGGUCCUCCUCAACCUCCUCCUCGCCCUGCUGUUGGACAUUGUCAUUAUUGCCGGCUUACAGAAGAUGGCCAAGCGGAAAGGACCCUAUGAUGUCAGCCCAGGCAUCUUGGACUACCUGACCAUGGAUGUCUAUGCUUUUCCUGCCGGUCACGCCAGCCGGGCAGCCAUGGUGUCCAAGUUCUUUCUCAACCACCUGGUCUUGGCUGUCCCACUCCGAGUCUUGCUUAUCCUCUGGGCGUUCUUGGUGGGGCUUUCUCGAAUCAUGGUUGGGCGACAUCACGUUACUGAUGUCCUCUCCGGCUUCGCUUUUGGCUACUUGCAGUUCAGGCUGGUGGAGCUGAUGUGGAUGUCCUCCAAUACUUGUCAAAUGUUGAUCUCCAUGUGGUGAACACCACCAACGUCAUUCUCCUUUCCCACACCCCUGAUCAUCCAUCUCUCUUUUUCUUUCAUUUUCUCUCUCUAUAUUUUUUCUUUUCUUUUUUGCACAUGGAAGACUAGAAGACACUUUUUAAAUUAAUAAUAAUAAUAGUAGGAUUUAUUUAUAUGCCGCCCAA